AUGGCGUUUAUGCUCACCAGCUGUUGCCUGCGGCGAUGUGCUGGAUCGAGUUUUAGCGCGUUCGGUCUCUAUCGAAUAUCCUCCUCAUCAUCCAAUAAUCGCUUCAAUCAGUCGUCGAUCAUCGCCGAACAAACCCGUCGCAAAUUAUCUGCUGAAUAUGUCGUGCAGAUGGCACCGAAGUCGAUGCAGCCCUACUUGAGGCUCAUGCGAGCACAUAAACCAACCGGUACAUGGCUGCUGUAUUGGCCAUGCACGUGGUCCAUAGCGUUAGCAUCGCCACCAGGCAUGUUACCGAGUUUGAGUAUGUUGGCAUUGUUUGGUGCUGGAUCGUUUUUUAUGCGGGGUGCGGGGUGCGUGAUCAACGAUAUUUUCGAUAAGAAAUAUGAUAUGAAGGUUGCACGAACUAAAUUGAGGCCACUCUGUAGCGGUGAGUUGACGAAUGCAGACGCUGUCAAACUUUUAGCAGGUCUUUUGUCUGCGUCUUUGGUUAUUCUACUUCAGUUCAAUUGGCUAAGCAUCGCGGUUGGCGCUAGUUCACUGUUAUUAACGGUUGCUUAUCCAUUCGCCAAAAGGUACACUUAUUGGCCGCAAUUCGUACUUGGUUAG